UGUGUAAAAAUGGCUUCUUUUUUUUUUUCAAAAAGGUUAUCUUAUGAAAAAAUUAAAAAAAAAAGUUGAAAAAUAUAAGAAAAUCAAAUAAAGGUAACUAAGUACCCUUAUAGUACAUGGUAUUGGGUUGCAGAGAAAAAUGACUUCUACUCAGUACGAAGUGCAUAUAAUCUGCUCCAAAGUUUGAAGCAUCCUUCGAUUUUGUCAGAAACUAAUGAAAUUUGGAAGACUUUAUGGUCACUAAAAGUGCUUCCCAAAGCUAAAGAUCUUGUUUGGAGGGCGGCUUCUAACUGUCUUGCCACCAAAGUCAAUCUCUGUAUUAAGAAGGCUUUGGUUGAAAAUACAUGUCCUUUGUGUGGAGUGUUUGCUGAAACCGAAUUGCACAUAUUGGUUUCCUGCAAUUUUGCCUGGGCUUGCUGGGAGUUUGCUGGUUUGGCUGCUGCAAGUCGAGAAGCCUCUUCUCUCGGACAUUGGCUGGUCGAUAUGUUUAGUCGUCUGCAAGCUGAUCUCCACGACAGCAUCGUGAUGUUGUGUUGGGCCCUUUGGUGUGCUAGAAAUGACCUCAUAUGGCAGCAGCGAUCCCGUAGCGUGAAGGACAUGGUUACAUUUGCUAAUUUGAGUCUUGAUCAAUGGUUCAAAGCUCAAGGUAAGGGUAAUAUCCCCUCGUUGUCUCCUCUCAAAGAUGGAGAUGGUUCGGAGCUUUGGUUAAAGCCGAGUGUAGGUAUCAAACUCAAUGUCGAUGCAGCCAUUUUCGAACGCUCUUCCAAGCAUGGUUUCGGGUGUGUUGUCCGAAAUGCAGAUGGUACUUUGAUUGCUGCCUUUGCUGGUGUGAAACCUGGCAAAGUUUCUCCUGAAUUGGCCGAAAUAAUGGGCAUAAGGGAAGCUUUGAGUUGGCUGAAAAAUCACUCCUACACCCAGGCCAUUGUUGAGACAGAUAGCCUCGUUUGUGCAUAAGCCAUUCGUAGUGCAGAGGUGUUUGUUUCUUCUUUCGGUUCAGUGGUGCAAGAUUGCAAGAAGAUCCUUGAGAGUUUGUUUAAUGUUUCGCUUUUGUUUGUUAAGCGUUCUGCGAAUUGUGCUGCGCACUUUGUUGCCCGGCACUCUAUUUCUUUAGCUGAACGUAUGUUUUCUAUUAAUAGUGUUCCUACGGAAUUGAUGUCUAUUCUUACGAGCGAUUGCUCGAUUUAAUAAAGAACACUUUUUCAAAAAAAAAAAAAAA